AUGGACCUCCCCAACCUGCCUCACACGCUCAUCACGCUCGCCGAAUCCGCCGAAUCCAUAGCCAGUGGCCUGCAUGAAUUUCUACCGCACCAUACUUCCAACGCCUCCGCCCAGAUCACCAGCGUGAUCGCCCAGCUCUUCUCCCUCUCCUCCGGCCUCCAAAUCCUCACACAGCCGAUCCGCGCGCUUUCACCUCCGCCGCCCUAUCAUCCCUCCCCUCAAGAUCUAGACCAUUAUGAAGAGCAUGAGGAGGAGAUUGCGGACCUGUGCUACAGCCUUGAUUACACGUUCAAAGAUUUUCAGAGAAUCAUAGGAGAUGGGCUGCUGGAGGGCAGGGAGGAGGGGUGGGGGAAGGGCGAGACGUUCCGCGCAACUUGGAGGAGCGUAAGUCGAGCUCUCUGUUUCAAUUGGAAUUUUCAUGCGGUGGACAGCCAUGAGGUGUGA